AUGGUUCGUCGUGUUGCACUAGCAACUCAGGCUCUCUUCCUAAUCCUUCUCAUCAUUACGCCUCACUUGGUAUCGGCCCAUGGCGGUGGCAACAAGAAAGGAGGUGGAGGCAAGAAAGGAGGAGGUGGUGGCAAGAAAGGAGGAGGCGGUGGCAAGAAACCAGCCGCACCUUAUAAACCAGGGCACAAAAAACCAGCUGGUAAACCAGCAGGACAUGGGGGAAAGAAACCAGCGGCACCUUAUAAACCACCGAGCAAGCCUGUCGGAAAGAAACCAGCGGCACCUUAUAGACCACCGAGCAAGCCUGUCGGAAAGAAACCAGCGGCACCUUAUAGACCACCGAGCAAGCCUGUUGGAAAGGUACCAGUGACUAUUCACGCCACCCACAUUGAAAUGCCUAGAGUAGUUCCACACCCUACAGGUCCAGCCAAUAAAGGCAACGGUGAUGGCAUCGCGUACAAGGGAGGCCCUCUGAUGACCGGGGAGGUCAACCUUUCCAUCAUAUUUUACGGCCAGUGGCUAAGCCAACACAAGGACCUGAUCAGGAGUUUCCUCAACUCGUUCGGAGUCAAGGGCUCCGCCCUGUGCAACUGGUGGGGCAUUGUGGAGAGCUACCAGUGUGUGGCCAAUCGGGGCUCCAGAGGCAUCCAACUCAAAGUGGGCACUCAGCAGAGCGAUGACAAGGCCUCCUUGGGCAAAGUUCUAACCAAAGAUUUCAUCAAGAUGCUCGUGCAAAAGGCCGACUCCGGCAAGCCAAACACCGUCGUUGUCAUCUUGGCCCACAAAGAUGUGGCAGUUGCGGAGCUGUGCAGGGGCAAAUGCUACGACCAUGGAUCGUUUGAUGGCAAGACGCCCUGGCUCAUCAUCGGAAACCCUGAAGUGGAGUGCCCCGGUGUUUGUGGCUUGCCCUUUGCAAAGGCCAAGUACGGUCCUUCAGGCGCUGUCGUCAAACCACCAAACGGCGAGUUGGGCGUUGAUGCUACCAUCGUCAACUUCGCCGCCGGCUUAUCUUCAGUACUCACUAAUCCGUUCAACGACGGAUUUAGCAAAAAAGGACCCAAAACCUGGCCGAUUGAGGCUGGCAAUGCCUGCGCGCAUAUCUUCGGAACAUUGACCAGUGACCCGACCGGUUGUGGCUACAAUGCCAUUGGAGAAAAUGGUCACAAGUUCGUGCUUCCAGGCGUGUGGGAUCCAAAGGCGUUGUCAUGCUGGACCCCUAUGUAA